AAUUCUUGUUUCUAAACCGAAUAAUGCUCUGUUGCAUUGCAUUUGCAUCACCUUCAUAACGCGGUUUACACUUGUUCUCAUGAAUCAAAAGCAUUUUAUAACAAACAUCCUCAGUGACAUUGUAGGGUCCAACGCAUACCUCGCUAUGAUUCAUCAUUCAUUUUACCAAUUCUCUUCAACAAACAGAACAUUCUUGUAACUCAGUAACUCUCUUCCAAAUUUUGCACCAUUCUUGUUCCAUAACCAUCAUACAGGUAAUUUCUUCACCAAAAUCCUCCUUCUUAUUAAUGCAUGCACCUCCAUCUUCAUGAAUAUUCAUAUUCAUUCCACCACCACCCUCAUUGCCAUUCCCAAGUUAUUGAAUUUAAACCUCAAGAUCAACAAUAGAAAAUGAAAAAUGAGGAUAAAAGGGUGGUGAAAUUUCCCUUUAUUUUUUCCUUGUUUUCUAUUAUUUUCCUUAACCUCACAACAAACUGUGCUUCUUCCACCACUGACCCUUCUUUCUCCCCUUCUGUGAAUUACCUCAUUGAUUGUGGCUCCUCCAAUGCCACUCAUCUCAAAGAUGGUAGAACCUUCAAAUCAGAUCGUGAGACCACUUCUCUCCUUUCCACAACUGAAGAUUUGCAAAUCUCAGUUGAUUCCAUCAACAUAAACACCCCUCCAUCUUUACCUUCUUCAUCAUUACCUUUGUUCCAAAGUGCUAGAGUUUUAAGAGAGGAAUCAGCAUACACAUUUUACAUAUCCAAACCCGGUAGACUUUUUGUUCGCCUCUACUUCUUCCCUCUCCCUGACCCUUCUUUCAAUCUAACAAGUGCUGUUUUUUCUGUCCAAACUGAUCAUGUUGUGUUAUUACAUGAAUUCUCUGUGAGGAAGAAUGACUCACUAGUUUUCAAGGAGUAUCUUGUCAAUGUUCCGGAUAGUAGAUUCUCCCUCAAAUUCAAGCCAAAGAAAGAGUCUUUUGCAUUCAUCAAUGCAGUUGAGGUUGUCUCUGCCCCUGACACUCUUAUAUUGGAUUCAGCAACUGCAGUUUCACUUUCCCCAAUUGGAGAAUUCAAGGGCUUGUUGAAUUCUGCUCUCCAAGUAUCCUACAGGGUCAAUGUUGGUGGCCCCACCAUAAAUCCUGAAAAUGACACCUUGUCAAGAACAUGGGAACCUGAUGUCCCAUAUAACACUUUCCCACAAGGGUCAACUAGUGUUGCUGUAUCCAAAAAAACCAUCAAGUAUCCAAAAACUGGUGCUACACCUUUGAUUGCUCCAAAUUUGGUUUAUGAAACAGCAGUGCAAAUGCAGGAUCCUGAAGUGAUGCACCCAAAUUUCAACCUCACCUGGAUGAUGAAUGUGGAAAAGAGCUACUCUUAUUUAAUAAGAAUGCAUUUCUGUGACAUUGUGAGUAAAAGUCUUAAUCAAUUGUACUUCAAUGUAUACAUCAAUGGGAUUGAGGUUGUGUCAGCUUUAGACCUUUCAUCAGAAACCAAAGCUCUAGCCACUGCAUUUUACAAGGACUUUGUUUUGAAUGAUUCUGCCAUCACAAAUGGUUCAAUUCAGGUUCAGGUAGGACCAGCUAAUCUCAAACAAGGCACGGCCAAUGCAAUUCUUAAUGGAAUUGAGGUGAUGAAGAUGAGCAACUCUGCUGAUAGUUUGGAUGGUUUUUUCAAUGUUGAAGGGAAAUUCAAAGGACCAGGUUCAACUUCCACAGCAAUGAAAAUUGCUGCUGGUGUUGGUUUAGGAUUGGCUUUGAUAGCAUUGGUGUUACUAUUAGUGAUUUGCAUCAGGUGGCAAAGAAGGCCUGAAGAGUGGGAAAAGCUUGGACCUUUCUCAUCAUGGAUCCUCCCUCUCCGUUCACCCUGCACAACUAGAUUAUUUUCAAGCAAAAGCAGAACUCAAAGCUCAACAACCAGACUCACUUCCCGCAAGAGCAAAAAUGCUCAUUCUGUACACCACCAUUCCCCAAGAGGGCCUGGAAGAUUCUUCCCUUUCAAUGAACUUCAACAAGCCACACAAAACUUUGAUGAAAAGAGAGUGAUUGGUGUUGGAGGCUUUGGGAACGUGUACCUCGGAACAUUAGAAGAUGGGACAAAGGUUGCUGUGAAACGAGGAAAUGGUAGCACAGAACAAGGCAUCAAUGAGUUCAGAACUGAGCUGAACAUGCUUUCCAAUCUCCGCCAUCGCCACCUAGUCUCAUUGAUGGGAUUCUGUGAUGAAGACAAUGAGAUGGUUCUUGUGUAUGAGUACAUGGCGAACGGCUCCUUUCGUUCGCACCUUUACGGCUCCUCCAAUUUCCCUCUUUUGCCGUGGCAAAAGAGGCUUGAGAUUUGCAUCGGUGCAGCUCGCGGGCUGCACUAUCUUCACACUGGUGCGACUGAGAGCAUCGUGCACCGUGAUGUGAAGACAACAAACAUCCUCUUAGAUGAGAACUAUGUUGCUAAAGUUUCAGACUUUGGAUUAUCAAAAGCUGUGCCUGAUGAAGCUCAAGUUAGCACAGCUGUGAAGGGUAGUUUUGGGUACCUUGAUCCUGAGUAUUAUAGAAGCCAACAACUAACUCAAAAAUCUGAUAUAUACUCUUUCGGGGUUGUUCUUGUUGAGGUUCUUUGUGCUAGGCCUGUUGUUUGUCCCUCACUGCCUAGGGAACAGGCUAACUUAGCUGAUUGGGCAAUGCAACAACACAGAAGAGGCAUGUUUCAUGAGAUAAUUGAUCCUCGCAUUGUUGACACUAUAAGUCCUCAAUCCUUGAAGACUUUUAUGCUUAUUGCUGAGAAAUGUUUAGCAGAUCAAGGUGUUGAUAGGCCUAGCAUGGGGGAUGUGUUGUGGCAUUUGGAAAAUGCUUUGAAACUACAAAUUGAUGAUGAGCCUGGAAAUAGAAGAACAGAUUCAACCACUUCUGAUCAACACCCAAACAAAUGUGAUAAAAUAGCAGACCACUCAUCAGCUGCCCACACAAGUGAUGUUUCUGAUAGAACAGAUGAUGAUUCUGCUUCUUUGUUCUCUCAGAUGGUAAAUUUGCAAGGAAGGUGAUGUUAACACAGAAUUUACAAACAGGUUCAAAGGAAAAGAUGUAAUCUUGUUGCCCCAAAAGGACUUGGAUUUGUUGUAUACAAAUGUUUAGUUAUGAAGUUUAUGCAAGUGGUGUGGAGCAACCUGUAGGUUCUAGCCUCUAGGUAUCUGAUAGUCUUGGUCAUGGUACAUGCAUGCUGUGAUUAGAGAAUUUAUUAGUUUAUGUAGAAGAAAAGUCUAAUUUUUUCUCCCUAUUUUGUUUAAUCAUAACUGCUCAUAGCUAACACAUAUAUAUGGUGUGAAAAUUCAUGUAUCUGAAGCUUAUUUUGAGCUAGUUACAUAUUACAGCAAAAAGUUAA